AUGGCGGCAGCAGCAGCGGAGGCCACGACCGAUGGCGGCGGCAAGAUGAUCAUCCUGAUCAGCGCCGACGGGAAACGCUUCGAGGUGACGGAGGCGGUGGCGAGCCAAUCGCAGCUGAUAUCCAACAUGAUCGAGGACGAUUGCACGGAGAACGGGGUGCGUCUCCCCAACGUCGACGGCGACAUCCUCACCAUGGUCGUCGACUACUGCAACAUGCACGCCGGCGACGCCGCCGCCGCCGGCGACACCAUGAAAGCAUCAAGCACGGAGGAGGAGCUGAAGAAGUUCGACGCCGAGUUGGUGCAAGCCCUCGAGAAUCCGGUGCUGUUCAAGCUGAUCUUGGCGGCCAAUUUCUUGAACAUCAAGAGCUUGCUGGACAUGACGUGCCAGCGCGUGGCGGACAUGAUGUCCGGCAAGACGCCGGAGCAGAUGAGGGAGACGUUUUCGAUCGAGAACGACUUCACGCCGGAGGAGGAGGCGGCGAUUCGCCAGGAGAACGCCUGGGCCUUCGACGACUAGCUGUAGCUGCCUACAUCAUCAAAUUUAAUCUAAGCAGAAUUUAGGCAUAUAUAUAUAUGAGAUUUUCUUAGUUUUAUGAUUUAGGUGUUUUAUGCUAAGUAAUUAAUCGCUUA